AUUGGAGUGAUGCCAUACCAGUUAUAAAUCAUCCGGAGGACGCAAUGGGACGGAACCGAGUUCCGCUGACCAGUGGAGGAAUGCCAGCGAUUCUACUCAUUCUCUUUCCCCUAGUCCUCACGGUGACAGCAGUACCAAAUGUCAGAUCGGAAUCCGCAACGGGCCCGGCAAACAGCGUUGGUCCAUCGUCAGGAUCUUCAUCAGCAUCAUCAUCUUCAUCAUCACCCGUGUCAUCGUCAGCGAUAGGAUCGCCGUCAAGUGGCAGUGCAGGUGGUGCAAGUGGUCUAGGAAAUGGUCUCGGUGGUGGUACCAUCGGUCACUCAGUGAUGAGCGUUGGUUCUAACGGAAAUGGCAGAUGUGAGGACAUAACGAUACCGAUGUGCCGAGGAAUAGGUUAUAACCUGACGGCAAUGCCAAACGAAUUGAAUCACGACACCCAGGAGGAGGCGGGUCUUGAGGUGCACCAGUUCUGGCCACUUGUGGAGAUCAAGUGCUCGCCGGAUCUCAAGUUCUUCCUCUGCUCGAUGUACACACCGAUUUGUCUUCCGGAAUACAGUAAACCAUUGCCGGCCUGCAGAAGUGUCUGCGAGAGGGCGCGAGCUGGAUGUGCACCGCUGAUGCAGCAGUACGGUUUCUCCUGGCCAGAGAGAAUGGCCUGCGAGCGGCUCCCGGUCCAGGGUGAUCCGGAGAAUCUAUGCAUGGAGCAGGACAAUCACGCCAAUAGCGGUGGUAGUGGUGCGGGUCAUCCAAGCAGUCCACCAAUUCCAGCUGCUGGACCGGCCCGUCCAACUCGACCAUCAAAAACCGCUCCAGCACGCUGCAAACCUGGUAAGAAUCAAAAAAACUGCCAAAAUCCUCCAGGGGACAGAACAAGGGAGUGCGAGUGCCGUUGCAAAGCACCACUCGUACCCCUGGGGGUAACAAGUGUCGGCGGAAACGACCACACGGUUCUCGGAAGCAUGCACGCGGUGGGAGUACCGAUGUCCGGGGGGAUCGGCCCAAUGGUAAGCAGAGACAUUGCACUGGGGAAUGGAAAUGUUCUAAAGAACUGCGCCCUACCUUGCCACGGAGCCUUCCUCACCACCGAGGAAAGGGGAUUCGCAGCCGUUUGGCUGGCCCUGUGGAGCGGCCUAUGCGCAGCAAGCACACUCACAACCGUAACCACAUUUCUCAUCGACACACAACGCUUUAAGUAUCCAGAGAGGCCCAUCGUCUUUCUCUCUGCUUGUUACUUCGUGGUAUCUCUAGGAUAUCUGGCGCGCAGUGUCAUGGGCCAUGAGGAAAUAGCAUGCGACGGACCGGCCCUCAAGUCCGGGCCACAAGGACCCGGUGCAUGCGUCACUGUUUUCCUCAUGAUAUACUUCUUCGGAAUGGCCUCGUCCGUGUGGUGGGUAAUACUCGCCUUCACCUGGUUCUUGGCAGCCGGCCUCAAAUGGGGCAACGAGGCCAUAGCCUCUUACUCACAGUACUUUCAUCUAGCCGCUUGGCUAGCACCCACAGCACAAACUGUCUGGGCGCUCUUGGCUGGUGGUGUCGAGGGCGAUCCAGUCGCUGGUGUUUGUACAGUCGCACCUGGUGGUGUACAAACAUUCAUUCUGGUACCACUUCUAGUCUAUCUCCUGUUGGGGACUAGCUUUCUGCUCGCUGGUUUUGUAAGCCUCUUCAGGAUAAGAUCAGUCAUCAAACGACAACCAGGAGCCAAGGCUGACAAAUUGGAAAAGCUCAUGAUCCGCAUCGGUGUCUUCUCGGUUUUGUAUACAGUGCCAGCUGGUGCUGUACUCGGUUGCUACCUGUACGAGUCAUCAUUCCGGCUUGAGUGGCUCCGUGGUAUAGCGUGUCAGUGCGAGGCCCGGACAAGGCCGUACUAUUCAGUUCUCAUGCUGAAAUACUUCAUGGCACUUGCUGUGGGAAUAACCUCGGGUGUUUGGAUAUGGAGUGGCAAGACAGUGGACUCCUGGCGGAGGCUCUGGAGACGUCUCUUUGGUGGUGGUGCAGCUGCUGGUGGCAAUGCUGGUAUGGCUGGUGUCACUGGUGUCAGUGGUAUUGGCAGUGCAAGCAUGAAGGGACGCUCGAUGAUGCCGAGCUAUGCUGCCUCCGGUCCGGGCAGUGCUUUAUUACCACCUGGUAGCGUUGCCAGUGCCUCUCAACAUCAUCUUCAUCAUCAUGUCCUCAAACAGCCACCGCUUUCGCACGUAUGACGUCACCAGUCGGCGGGAGGCGAUAUGAAUACAGCGGGCUGCGACACCCAGCAGCAAAAUCAGUUGCAGCACGAGAGGCCAUCAGCUCUCAGCAACUACGGACCCAUUUAGCCUUUCGCCUCAGCCUCAAGGAGGCAUACGCCAGCACACACUGCGCCCCAUACACCACAUUCAGCAGCUACUAUCUACUCGAGAAGAUCAUUGGCAUCAACAACUGGACCAUUGACCCCAGCGCAUGGCCUAGCGCCUUCGUACACACAAGCUACUGAUGUCUGAUCUACAAUUGGACCCGUUAUCGGGUGGUAGUGAUAAUGCUGUGUGUGAGUAGAGAAACAGAACGCAACCGAAUGGAAUGCAAUGAAAAACAACAAACAACUAAACUGCCAUUAAUAUUUGCCGAAUAUACGUAUAAACGAGGGACUCCGAAAAAAUAUGGAAGUGCCCGAACUCCGGGAGUCAAUGUAGCGGUGAUUUGAUAAAUCUGUCAUUUCGACGUUCCUCCAUUGAAUUUUGCGGUCGGUUUCAUGGACGAUAAUUUUCCUGUUGUUCAUUCGAGUAACUUUCAAAUAAAUGUGAAUAGAAAUCAUCCGAAAAAUUGAAAUCUCAAACGAUUUGAAACUGAAAUUGAUGUGUAGAAUUUCAGGAUUUUUUAAAUUUAUUUGCAGUACGUCGAGGGGCGAGGGAAAUAUGUCGCUCAUGAAAACCGCCCUAUUGGUCAUGUAUCGAAGCCGGGGAAUCACCGUCCGUGAAGACACGCCGUAUUGAGAUACUCUGGCUAGUGAGUUUGCGCGAACGUGAGAAUGCGAUGUUUUGUAUGUGUGUUUUUUAAUCUAAAUGAUCGGUAUAGGGCCCCUCUAGUUGGCAUCUCUCCUUCUUUAUGCAAUCUAUGCUGCGAUUAUCUGAUUUUCUUUUAUACUUUAUACUUGUGUGUCUCCGUGGACUCAAGUGCAUGUCCGUCUAAUGUGUAUUCGUAUUGUCUAUUUAUCUACUAGCCGUUUACGCAUAGGUGUGUACUGAUUAGAGGCUCUCACCUCGGUUUAUCGUCAAUUUAUCGAUUUUAUCGGUGAUAACGAUUUGAUAAGUCGACGGUGUGGGGGCAGCGGUAAGGAAAGUGUAUAGGUUAGAAGCAGACAAAUGAAGGUUUAUAAUGUAAAUAUAUAUUCUAGAGGUUAGGUAAUGUACAUAGAGGUGGAAGAAUUUUCUUUGUACAGAGUUCAAGAGAUUGGCAGGGUCCAGAUGAAAUAGAGAAGGAGGGAUUGUUAGGAUUCGAAUUGUGUGUGAGUUUACAGGGAAAUUGUGUAGAUCCCAAUGUUUUUUUACCGCAAAUUCAGAGAUAUCAGUAAUUAUAAUGUUCUUUCGUACUCAACCAUAGAAUCGUCAAUAGAUGAAGAGAUAUUAAAGACUUAUCCGGUACCUUACCAGAGUCCCUUUCUUCAUCCACUCCCCAUUCGCGAUUGUACUUCGCUGUGAGCUAUUUUCUCAGGUGAAACUGAGGAUAGAAAAUGUAAAAUGUAUCAGUGGGGAGAACUCAGCCACGUGCACCGUAGAAAACAUUACACUAUAUGUAACAUGCGAUUUCAGCGUGAUUUAAGGGGUUUACAGACACAAUUGGGUUUUAUUCGAUCUUUGUGAGGCGAACAUUAACACAGUCCGAUAUAGUUGUGUAGUUGGAACAAUUAUUAAAUACAUAAGUACAUAAAUUUGUAAGUCUUUCCAGGUAAUUCCGGUGUUGUAGGAGGUACGAGGGAUUUUACGUUUUUUUUUUCCCAUCGAGACGAAAUUUUCACGCGCUGUUGGAAUUUUUUUGGGUGAUUCAAAUUGGUUAUGCAUUUGAAAUUAUUAAUCGGAGAGUCAGUUGUAUGAUUUCGGGUUUCAAUUUUUAUUUGGAAACGUCUCGAAUUUUUUAUGCUGUCAUCCAAAAAAUUUCAACAGCCCCGAAUCUACUUUUCUAUUCAGAUCAUGCUGACUAAUAUGACAUACGCCCAUUGAGAACCAGAAAUUGCCUCAAAAUACAAAAAAAAAAUUGGUGUCUAGAGUUAAACGGGAGAGAAAAACAGAAAUAACACGCGUGCGGUAAAAGAAUCGUUAUUGCCAUGGAAAAAUCAUCGAUUAUUUAAAAAAAAAAUUCGAUUUUUUUCCACAAGCUGAAAGAAGAAUUUUAGUUCUGAUUAUUUCUACAAUAAAUGAAAAAUUAAUUUAUUUCGUGGAAAUUCGGUUGGUGCUUCGACGAUUUUCCGACCUCGGAGUAAAAUGGACGAGAUUUUUCUCCAGGAAACAAGAAUCUUUUGGAUAAUGACGCAGUGAGUGAAUGUGUAGGGAUAAUUAAUUAUAAAAUGGAAUGUCACUGAGAGUUGGUCUCACAUAUCACUUCGGAGGAGAGACAAGAACCUAAGAAAAUUAAAUCCCAGGCGAAAAUCGAGAUGGAGGAGAAAGACCAGAAACUUUGUAAACGAUUAAAAUUUGUAAGUCACUUAAUGAAGCGAUAACUGUCACGAUGUCAAUAAAUGAAUCGAUCGAAAGACGAAGAAAGGGGAGAAGUAGAACCAAAAAUUCAGCAUGUCAUCUCGAUUGUUUAAGUGGAACUCUCUGGCUCUCUUUCCCCAUUCCCUCCAAUAUUCCAUCUUUUUUAUGCAACUCCAGAUAUUUCUUCCCGGACCCCCUCCCCCCGCCAGGAUUUUCGUAUUGAAUAAACGGAUAGUCGUAUCCAAGGGGGAAACACGGCUGUCCAUUACCGCGUAUGGUAAUCAAAAUUGUAUACGAUUUUUUAA